CGACAAUACAGGCGUCAUCGUCUCACUGUGCAGGUCACAGCCGGUGGCGGCAUCAGUGACUUCAUCAUGCGCAAUGCCACAGGAUGAUGGGAGGGGAUGGCAUGAUGUUGCUUUUUCUCUCUCCAGGCAGCAUUCAAUUCUCUUCCAUACAAACCACGCAUCCUACAACAUCCUAGAAUCCGUUGAAUCCUUCUCUCCUACCCUCUCAUCCCUUCGCCCUGUGCUUCUCCUCAUCUGAGAUCCUCUCUCUGACCUGUUCUGUGGCUGCCUGCAUCGCCAACCAUCCCUCAAAAUGUCGACCACCCCCAAUGGCUACACCGACGAGAAGGAUCCUGAGAUUGAGGUCCUUCCAGCGCCGGCAACUUCCACGCCCCCAGUGAAACGGACCUCUCUCGCAACCCGUCUGCUCAGACUCGUUGCUACCGUCUUAGGCGCUCUUCUGGUCUUCAAGGCGCUUUGCAGCGUGGUUGGGUCUCAAUCCGGGGGCCUUUCGAGACCGUGCCACGGUAUGAAUCACAAGAUCCCCGGUUAUAUCCCACUACUGUUCGACGACGAUGGCCACCAUCAGCACCCGUUCCCACCCAUCGACAAGUGGAAACCUUUCAACGGCACCACGCAUUUCGAAUUCGACCCCGCCCAAGCCAGUGGCCUUUCCGUCCGAGGGCCAAAGGUGUUUGGGAAGGUCGUCUUUGAGACCUCCAAGUUGUCCAACAAGGUCGUGAUCGAUCUGGACAUCAAGACCAACAAGAAGGACAAGGACGGCGAGGUCACGAUCGGGGAAGACAAUGGCCACCUCACCAUCAACACUCCGUCGACCGGCAAGCUCAAGACCCACACCGCCGCCACAAUCCAGAUCCCAUCCAACAUCAUUGGAGAAUUCGCACUUCCCAGGUUCGAAGUCGAUGUUCCCCGCCACAUGGUCGACUUCAGUCAGCUGCCCGAGUCCCUUGAAAUCGGCACCUUCACGGUCCGGGUGGGCAGGGGAUUCGUCAAGCCUGGCCCCGUGCACACCAACACGACCCAAAUCUCGAUUGGCUAUGGCGCUCUCCGCGGUGCCCUGACCCACGCCCGCGACGAGACCAACGUCGACAUAGGCCGGGGCAACGUGACACUCAACAUCCCCUCCAUCUCUACGGGCGACCAGGGCUCGACCCACAUUCACCUCGGCCACGGCCACCUGAACGGCAGCCUGGCGAUCUACAACUCGACCAACAUCGACAUCGGCAGCGGCGGCAUCUACGUCAAUGUCGCCUUCAAGUCGGCCGCCCCACGAGCCACGCUCUCGACGCGCAUCGCCUCAGGCAGUUCGCGCGUCUUUGUCGACUCCAUCGCCGCGGAGCGUCUCUUCGAGUCGUCCCACACGUCCGUCGCGGGCGACCAGCUGAUCACCUACCCCGCGAAUUUCCAAGGCACGGUCGACGCGCGAGGCAUCGUUGGGGACAUCAAGCUCGAGGGGAAGGACCUGGCUGUCGAGAAAGUCAUCGGCGGCAUGGUGGGCCGACAGGGAGAUAGCGACCGGAACUCGAUCAGCGUCAAGACCGUCCGGGGCAAGCUGGACAUUCUUGUCGGGGACGAGCCGACGGCGCAGCAGAGCCACAGCUGCUAGGCAUCUGCCUUGCUUGGGUAGGUAGGCACGGUCUCGGAGAGCUGCUGCCUGGAAGACGCCGCCGGUAAGGGGGCAUGUUGAAUGUGUAUGUAUACGUGAUCUGGGCCUGCGAUAUCAAAAUGGGCGACAUUUGGCUGUAAAAAGGAGAACAACAAAGGCAAACAAAAACGGGGAAAAUGGUAGGAUAAUACCUUCAUUCGUCUUAUAAGUGGGAUAGGGCUUCCACCCAAAAAGUUCAUGCAGCCUCUGUAAUCAGACAAGGCCAAGGAACAACAUGUCGAUAUUCUUCCACG